ACAGGUGUUUAUUUGUCCAAUGGUUGCAGCGCUGCUCCCUGCUGGGAGACACCUGUGCAGGUGUGCAGAGACUUCAGAUAAACGUAGUGGAGUAGAAGUAUAAAGUAGCAAUGGAAAUACUCAGGUAAAGUACAAGUACCUCAGAAUCUAGCACUCAUGUAAACUAAAGAAUGAAUGUCGAUUAAUAGAGAGAGACUUUCUGCCCUGAGUUCAGCCUCACAGGCAGGUGAUGUCUCAGCAGAAAAGGUUAUUAGAAACACUUCCUGUUGUCAUCAGAGACUCCUCCAACCGAAGGGAUGAAAACGUUUCAGCCGAACGUUUUGAACUUGUUUCUUCUGUCAUGAAAUAAAAACAAAGAUAGAAGUCAGGAAUCGGACGUGAGAUUCUGGUUUAUUUAAUAAAAACAAAUUCAGCGCAGAGACCAAAGUGAAACAGGUUCAGAGGUCACGCAGCUGCUUCUUUCAUGCUGUUUCACUUUAAUGACAUGACGAAGAACACCCAGUCCAACAUGCUGAUGUUUCCUGACUGAAGCCUCCAGCAGACAAGAAGAAGAAGACAGGAAGUGAUGUUACGUCCCUGCAGACACCUGGCUGGACGCCAUCCUGAUGCUCCGGUUAUAUAACAGAGCAGCUCUCUGACUUGAUUUACGUGAACGAUAUCUGCAAUGCUUUUCUGACUCGUCAUCAUUUCAGAUUUCUUGAUUAAAUCAUUUCUUAAACAGCUUCAGCAGGUCUGCAGGAGGACCGGCCCGGAGUUACAGUGAGCCCAGAAACCAAAGACCAGCAUAGACGUAGUCCUGAACCUCAUCUGGACUGUAUCUGAUCCCAGAUCCUGUAGAUGACCAUCACAUUCUCAUCUCAAUGCGUCAUAACUGAAGCUUUCAGACAGCGUGACAAAGCGUGAGGAUUUUACGCUACGUUAGCACAUCGGCCGUGAGCGCAGAUUAGCCGGUCGACACGCAUAAAGUCAGUGACAUAGGUUUAGAUACUAACUAAACUAGCGCUAGCUAACUAGCACUUCCGGUCCGUCCCAGAGCGUCUCUAUGAGUGUUGUGUCAAUUUAUGGUUACUUUGCUUUAGUUGUACUGAGCAAUCCAAGCCUAGAUUCACCCAGGGCUCUCAGGGCACUCCCAAACUGCAGGGGGCAAUCAUGCAACAAAAGUUGGUGGAACCAACUUUUGGGGAAGUAGCUUUUGGGACUAUAUUUGCCUGCGCACCCACAGAGAGAGCAUGGCAUUGAAAUGUUUGUAGAGAGUUCGGUUGGUUCUCUCAUUUAUUCCUGGAAAAGGACACUAUGAUUACAGCUCCUGAUCACUCAAAGACGCAACUGUGUAGGCUGCACCAGGGCCGUGGACAGGGACGUCACUGGAACGAGCCAACGGUCGAGACUACCAAGAAAAAAGAGAGAGUGCUGACUCACUGCACUCACUGUCACGGACUAGUUUGGGGAAUAGCAAGUUGCCCAGAGCACUGUGGCUACAAGCCAGCAAAGAAGUGGUUGAAGGACAAAAGUUUGAGGAAAGUCACGAUGUUUCAUAUUGUUGUCUUUGACAACACAAAUGAGGUUGAAGUUGUGCCUUCAGUCUGGAUAGAAAAUGGAGAGUGUAUGUGGCCUCCAAAUAAAAUUGAUGUGGCAAAAGCUGUAAAAUCUCAAGAAUGUCCUGGAGAUGGAUGGAUGCCCCAUAAGGCCAGAAUUAUCUUCACAUCACAUGACUACAAUGAAGCAAGGCUUAAACUACCUCAGGCUGUCGAUCACACUGACCUUGGAAGUGACGGAGGGGACUUGCCAAUUAAAUUUAAAAGAAAAAGAAUACGCAAGAAUAUUCUUUUCCCUGGGGAAGACGAUGAAGAGAUGGAAAGCACCCUGAAAGUCACAUUGCCCAAUGCUCCAAAGAUCCCUAGGCAGUACAAAACUCCUACAUUAAAGCCAGGGAAGCAAGGCCAGAACCUCCAGCCAAGUGGCAACAGCAGUCCUGACUUCCCACCAAGUGGCAACAGCAGUCCUGAGCCAAGCCCAAGUCAGCACUCCUGUACUUCCAAGUUUCCUUCAAGCUGUCACACCAGCACCGAGAGCCGCCGGUCGCCGAGGCACACCGAACGAUCUAUACUCCCAUCAAGGCACCCCGAGGCACACCAGACCAGGGAGCAGACAUCCAGUCUGCAAACUUCCCUUCUGCGUAGUAUAUUAACAAAACAGGAAAUGAUGAUGGACCAACUGCGCAUCAUCUUUAAGACCCUACAGGGUAUGAAAGCGACUGAUGAGGCAGAGAUAGGCCUGGAUCGAAAUUUGUUGCCCGUCAAAGACGUCAGUUCUCUUCAGAACCUGGAGGAACAACUGCAGAGUAUUCCUGACCUCCAGAAACAGUUGGUGAACACGCUGGCUCUCAAAGGGGGGACUGACAUUCGUGAGUGUGUUUGGAGGAUUAUGCACGCAAUGAUUACAAACUCCUUGGCGAAGAAUAUCAACAUGAGAGGAAUAAAUGGAAAGAUUGGCUUUCAGCGCCUACAGAUAAGAGAUGUUGUGAUUGCUGCUGUGAGGCGUAACCGUCUGACAUCUGGGGCCACGGACCAAGAAAUAGAUUCCACCAUCAAAAGAUGGCUUCAUCUGGCUCCGGAUAGGGAUGGUGGCAGGAGGGAGAGGAUGAGGAGAAAAGAGCGUGAAGAGAGCAGGACAGCAGUAAACAAUUUAAUGAACUGAAACAUGGCAUAGACAUGUGUGCAGAGUACAACGGGUUCAUGUACUGAAACAUAGCAUGGAUGUUCAGAAGUUGUUUUUUGUCAAGUGUUUAACAAGUUUACAAGUGCAAAACCGAACUGAAUUUCAGCUGGAACAGCGGGAGGCCAAGACUGUAUUUGUUAUCCUGGACGAAAGUUGUGUGCAGAGUACAACGGGUUCAUGGACUGAAACAUAGCAUGGAUGUUCAAAAGUUGUGUGUGUUUUACAAGUGCAAAAUCUAACUGAAUUUCAGCUGGAACAGCAGGAGGCUGGAUCCGUGUUUGCUAACCUGGACUGGGCUAAAACACUUAACCUGGUCUGGAUGUUGUGGGAAAUAAAUACCAUAAUUUCUGUGCCGGAGAGAUCCUCACGCCAAACUAUGUUCAAAAAUCUUUUAUGUACAAGUGUUUUGUACAAGAAUUUCCUAUUUGUCUGUACAUUUUUACAAAUGCACUGCUGACGUGGGGGGGUUGAGGUGAGAGGAGAUAA